AGCUGGCAUAUAUAAGCGGCCUGCGGGGCGUUCCCUCGCGCUACGGUUACCUUGCUGGUGUGUGGGGAGGGAGGCUGUUCGCUCGUUGAGACCGCGCGUCGGGGACGAUGGCGGAGGGGGAUAACCACAGCAGCAGUCUGCUGGCAGUGGAGACCGCAGGUCUGGAAGAGCAGCUGCAAGGCUGGGGAGAAGUGAUGCUGAUGGUGGAUAAAGUCCUACGGUGGGAAAGAGCCUGGUUUCCACCCGCCAUCAUGGGUGUGGUUUCCCUGCUGUUCCUGAUUAUCUAUUAUCUUGAUCCAUCUGUGCUGUCUGGUGUUUCCUGUUUUGUGAUGUUUUUAUGCCUGGCUGACUACCUUGUCCCCAUUCUAGCACCUCGGGUUUUUGGCUCCAAUAAAUGGACCACUGAACAACAGCAAAGAUUUCAUGAAAUUUGCAGCAAUCUAGUAAAAACUCGACGCAGAGCUGUGGGCUGGUGGAAACGCCUCUUUACACUAAAGGAAGAAAAGCCUAAAAUGUACUUCAUGACCAUGAUCAUUUCCCUUGCUGCGGUUGCCUGGGUGGGCCAGCAAGUCCACAACCUGCUUCUCACCUACCUGAUCGUGACUUUUGUGCUGUUGCUUCCUGGACUAAACCAACAUGGAAUCAUUUCAAAGUACAUCGGAAUGGCCAAAAGGGAGAUCAACAAGCUUCUCAAGCAAAAGGAAAAGAAAAACGAGUAAUGCGCCGGCUCUGAGUGGCUGUGGGUGUGCACCCCGUGGGAACAGCACCUGUUCUGCUCUGUGGUACUGAAAUGUUACACAAGUAGCUCUUUGCUCCCCCACUCUGCUCUUGUUAAUACCCAUUCACACUUGCCAAGGCAGGCUUUGUGUGCUGUCUUAGUGUCAGGUGUAGCUGGGUAAUGCUCAGCAGUUGCCCUUAAACAAACAGCUCCUUGGGCAAGUAUGACUUGUUUUGAUUUUUCUCGCCCAGGGCUGACAAAAUUUUUACUUUUUACAACUUCCUUUAAAAUACCUUAGUGAUGAACUUACUCUUUUGUAUAGUGAACAGUGACUGGAUAAUUGUUGGUGUUUGCUUUAGCUAGAGUCAAGGAUAGUGGUCUGUGGCUACAGGAAGCUGGUUCUACUGUCUGCUUCCACAGUCUGCUUAAAAAACUGUCUGGCUUCAUGAAUACUGAGAUCAAGUUUACCACUUUUGCUGAAGAGACCACUUAAGAUUCAUUCCUGUUUUCUGACUGGGAGAAUGCCCAUGGAAUAGGGUGACAGUAAUUCCUCACACUAGUGUGUAUGUAGGUUCCUCGCUUGUGUAAAAUGUAGCAAUUUUUAGGAAGCCAAUGUCCGUUGUCCACAUGAGGAGUCUGACAGUCUUAGGCUAAGCCCUGAGUCCCUCUGCACUACAAGUUAGUAUGUCCUUAAAGGCGUUUGAACAACAAACUUCAGAAGAUUGUGUUUGGGAAUUCCAGCAUACUCAUCGGAUUUUUAGCUGACUUCAAGUGUUUGUGACCUUUACUCCAAGACCAGAGUAGAGGUCUUCCUUCCCCCCUCAGUGGAAAAUAAGAUAGUCCAUUAAUUUUUAAGACCCGAAAGAAAGCCUUUAAAAAUAGUCCUUGCUGGGCGCAGUGGCGCACGCCUUUAGUCCCAGCAUUUGGGAGGCAGAGGCAGGCAGAUCUCUGUGAGUUUAAGGCCAGUCUGGUCUACACAGUGAGUUCUAGGACAGCUGGGGCUACAGAGAGA